AUGGGCCCGGAACCAGAGGUUGCUGCGGCUGGUAUUGUGAAGAAGAGAACGUUUAAGAAGUUUCAAUUCAGAGGAGUCGAUCUCGACGCUCUUCUUGACAUGUCCACUGAUGAUCUUGUCAAGCUCUUCAGUUCUCGUAUUCGCAGAAGGUUCUCUAGGGGGUUGACGAGGAAGCCUAUGGCUUUGAUCAAGAAAUUGCGCAAAGCGAAAAGAGAUGCACCAGCUGGUGAGAAGCCAGAGCCAGUGAGAACACACCUGAGAAACAUGAUCAUUGUGCCUGAAAUGAUUGGAAGCAUCAUUGGUGUGUACAACGGAAAGACUUUUAACCAAGUCGAGAUCAAACCGGAAAUGAUUGGACACUACUUGGCUGAGUUCUCAAUCUCAUACAAACCGGUUAAGCACGGUAGGCCUGGUGUUGGUGCUACCAAUUCCUCCAGGUUUAUCCCUCUCAAGUGA